UUCGUCCACGCUGACCGCCAGAGGGUGUUGCAGCUCUGUUGUGUAACGGUGACACGUACGGUCACGGUGUCUGACAGGGGUCGGAUAAACGCAGGAGGUGAAGAAAAGAGCAUUUUAGUUAAAGCGUGAACCGAGUCUGAAGUCCGUAUGAUGAAUCACACGUUGGAACUUUUUUUGUCAAGACUUGCGUAUAUUCAGGUUGGCCUGAUUAGUGGCCUGGUCGUGGUAUUCCUCCAGGUGUGUGCUCGCUAGCUAGCUCAGCUACUAGGUUGCAGGGGGCAUGGGAGUUCUGACACCGAUUUGUUUUUGCAAGCUAGCAAGCUAGCUAUCGAACCGAGACAGUAUGAACAACACAUCAAGUUUUCGACAAGUCGAGCUGGUCAGGAUGGGCGAGCGACCUGCCCUCCCAGGGAUAACUCCCGUGCAGCAGAUGCUGGCGUCUGGUACCGGAGCCCUCCUCACGUCCAUCUUUGUCACCCCGCUGGAUGUUGUGAAGAUACGACUACAGACCCAGCAAACGCCUUUCUAUCGAGCUCUAGCCUGCGACUCUGCUCCCUGGAGCGGUGUGCUCCGACCCUCCAAGUGGAGGUGUUACCUGUACUGUAACGGGCUGAUGGACCACAUCUACGUCUGUCAGAAUGCCCCCAGCUGCUCCAGCUGGUACAGAACACCAACCCACUUCACGGGCACACUGGAUGCGUUUGUGAAGAUCACUCGUCACGAGGGGCUCAGGUCGUUAUGGAGCGGGCUGCCUCCCACGCUGAUAAUGGCGGUGCCUGCCACGGUCAUCUACUUCACCUGCUACGACCAACUCAGGGACUUCCUGCGCUACGGGCUUGGUUUCCAAGGCAACCACAUCCCCCUGGUGGCUGGCGGUCUGGCCAGAUUGGGGGCGGUGAGCGUGAUCAGCCCCCUGGAGCUGCUGCGGACCAAGAUGCAGUCCCAGCGGCUGUCCUAUGGGGAGCUGGGGGCCUGCGUCCGCUCAGCCGUGGCCCAGGACGGCUGGAUGUCACUGUGGAGGGGCUGGGGGCCCACCGUGCUGCGAGACGUGCCCUUCUCAGCGCUGUACUGGUUCAACUAUGAGCUGGUGAAGGCCCGGCUGUGUGAGGAACAGCAGGAGCAGCAGGCCUCCUUCUCCACCUGCUUCACGGCCGGGGCCGUCUCCGGGGCGGUGGCGGCCAUCUUGACUCUGCCGUUUGAUGUGGUGAAGACACGGAGGCAGAUCCAGCUGGGAGAGAUGGAGACACGAGGAGUUCCCGUGAAGAAAGCCACAUCCACAUGGUACAUGAUGAGGAGCAUCUGGGUGGAGUCAGGAUACAGGGGCCUGUUUGCAGGGUUCCUGCCCCGGGUCAUCAAGGUGGCUCCCGCCUGCGCCGUCAUGAUCAGCAGCUACGAGUACGGCAAGACCUUCUUCCAGAAGCUGAACAUGCAGCGAGCACAGACUGUCUGCUGAGGCCUGGACACGCGCGAGCACACACCCUACAAACUGGCUUUCUCAACACAGGGCGACAGACACACACACACACACAACCACCUCCUUUCUCAAACCCUGGUCCUCAGGGUCCCCUUGCCAUUGUUCUAGAUGUUUCCCUGCUCCAACACACUUGAAUCUAAUGAAUGGGUUGUUAUGAAGCUCGACAGAUGCCUGGGAAAGAUGUGAAUAUAUGAGUGCAUGAAAUCCAGCCUCUUACUUCACCCCCUCCUCCUGGCCUGAGUUCAGCAGAUUGGCCAAGGGAGGGAUAAUAUUUUUGACUACUGCUGUGAGUUUGCUCUCUCAAACUGUCCUAUGUCACACUUUGACACUAAGAUUGAAUGUGUUGAAUGAAGGUGGGAAUUUAAACUGUGAAUCUUUUUUCCCAGGGAGUCGUGAGAUGAGGUGAGCGUCACAGUCGGGAGUGGGGGGGGGGGGGGGGGCUUUUCUCUGGGAAGUUUGCUGUAACAGCAAGAUCAUCUAAUGUGAUGCCUUAUAGCCAGGAUGGCACAUAAGCACAUUGUCACAGAAAACAGUCCGUUUUAAAUGUCAGUGUUAGACUACAUGGCAGUACUGGACUACAUGGCAGUACUGGACUACAUGGCAGUACUGGACUACAUGGCAGUACUGGACUACAUGGCAGUACUGGACUACAUGGCAGUACAUGGCAUGUCAGCAUUUCAGCAUGUACAUAGCAUCUCAGUCAAGCCAACAGCACAAAGUGCGUCACCCUGCCUACAUACGCCCUCUGCUGUUCAGAUUUCACAGUGCACUUGAUGCAGGACCGCAUGGCAUGGUCAUGUUAGCCGCCUGACCUAGAUGAUGUAACCACAUGAACUGGUCAAUAAUCCUCUCAAUAAAGAAUAUCUGCAAGUCUAUAUACCAGAUCCACAGUACAGCUGGAAUAGAAUAAUUCAUUUAAAUCUCUGAUGCGAAAUCUCUGGAAUGUUAGCGCCAGGGUAAGGUUUCCUACUGUUAAACACACCAGAUCUUUUUUUAACAUUUUGGUUUAAAAACGUGGCCAUGUUUUGAGAGCUCAGUUAUUCAGGUUUUUUAUGUCUAGUUUAUGAUAGAUUGUAUACCUGAGUUCAUGAGACAUAGAGGGGGAAAGAAAAACUAGGCUUCUAACUUGAAGAAUUAUACAAUUCUGUCUUGAAAUAGUUUGAUUUAUAAUACAUUUGCCUGGUCAGAUGAUGAUACUGGGAUUAUUGCCUUUUUAUGUUUGUGUUCCCCGUUUUCCUUAUAAACCUGAAUUGUACUUAUGUAAUAAAAACGAUUUGAUAUGCAAUG